UGGGAUGCAAACUCAGUAGAACUCAGCUCACUUCUCUUUCUUCUCAGAUCUGUCUUUUCUUUUCUUUUUUUCUCUCUAAACACACAGAGAGAGAGAGAGAGAGAGAGAGAGAGAGAGAGAAGCGAUGGCCAUGGCGAUUAGGGUUUUUCUUCUUUCUCUAUUGUUCUUUUCACUCGCUGAUCACAGCUUUUCGCUUUACGAAGAUCAAGCUGGCCUCAUGGACUGGCACCAACAAUACAUAGGGAAAGUGAAGCACGCAGUGUUCCACACUCAAAAGACUGGGAAAAAGCGUGUUGUGGUGUCUACUGAAGAGAAUGUCCUCGCUUCGCUUGAUCUUCGCCACGGGCAGAUUUUUUGGAGACGUGUUCUUGGGGCCAAUGAUGCCAUCGAUGGAGUUGAUAUUGUGCUGGGAAAAUAUGUCAUUACCCUUUCGUCGGAGGGAAGCAUUUUACGUGCAUGGAGCCUUCCGGAUGGGCAGAUGGUGUGGGAAUCUUUUCUUCAGGGUUCAAAGCCCUCUAAAUCACUAUUGUCUGUACCGAUAAAUUUGACAGUUGACAAGGACAAUGUGAUUCUUGUUUUCGGUAAGGGAUGUCUUCAUGCUGUUUCUAGCAUUGAUGGCAUGGUUCUCUGGAAGAAGGAUUUUUCAGCUGAAAGCAUAGAGGUUCAACAGAUUAUUCAGCCUCUUGGAAAUGAUAAAAUCUAUGUUGUAGGCUUUGUUGGUUCUUCCCAGUUUGAUGUUUAUCAGAUAAAUGCUAAGAAUGGAGAGUUGAUCAAGCACACAAGCGCUGCCUUUCCUGAUGGUUUUUUUGGGGAAGUAUUAUCAGUUUCAAGUGACAUGCUUGUAUCGUUGGAUAGCACUAAGUCAAUUUUAGUAACAAUUAACUUUCAGAAUGGAGAAAUCAGCUUUAAAAAGACCCAUAUUUCAGAUUUUGUUGAGGACCAUUCUGGGAUUGCAGACAUAUUACCUUCAAAGCUCUCAGGAGUUUUUGCUGUAAAGAUCAAUACACUUUUAGUAUUCAUAAGAGUGACAGCUGAAGGUGUUUUGGAGGUUGUCGACAAAAUUAAUAAUGCAGCUGCUGUUAGUGAUGCUCUCUCAUUUUCAGAGGGUCAACAAGCUUUUGCACUAGUUGAACAUGUGGAUGGUAAGGUUCUCCUCACAUUGAAGUAUAGUCAUGACUGGAAUAAUGAUUUGCUCAAGGAGAGCAUUGAGGUGGGCCAUCAAAGGGGCCUAGUGCACAAGGUUUUUAUAAACAAUUAUAUCCGCACAGACAGAUCUUAUGGGUUCAGGGCCUUGAUUGUCAUGGAAGAUCAUUCAUUGUUGUUACUGCAACAAGGUGCAACUGUCUGGUCUAGGGAGGAAGGCUUAGCCUCGAUUGUCGAUGUAACAGUAUCGGAACUACCUGUCGAAAAGGCAGGUGUAUCAGUAGCGAAAGUGGAGCAGAACCUCUUCGAGUGGCUUAAGGGACACAUACUGAAACUUAAGGGAACUUUGAUGCUUGCAAGCUCUGAGGAUAUAGCAGCCAUACAAGGAAUGAGAUUGAAAAGUUCUGAGAAAAGCAAAAUGACACGCGACCACAAUGGUUUCCGGAAGCUGCUAAUAGUUCUUACUAGAGCGGGAAAACUUUAUGCCUUGCACACUGGAGAUGGGCGGGUUGUCUGGUCUCUCUUACUGCCCUCUCUACGUAAAUCAGGAUCAUGUGAACAUCCAUCUGGGCUUAGUGUUUAUCAGUGGCAAGUGCCCCAUCAUCAUGCCAUGGACGAGAAUCCUUCUGUCCUUAUUGUUGGUCGGUGUGGACCAAAUUCGGAUGCAUCUGCUGUUCUUUCUUUUGUUGAUACUUACACAGGAAAGGAGCUUAACUCUUUAGGUCUUGUUCAUUCUGUUGCACAAAUUAUUCCACUGCCAUUUACGGAUUCAACAGAACAGCGUCUUCAUCUUCUUGUAGACACUGACAAGCAUGCACAUUUAUACCCUAGAACUUCUGAGGCUAUUGAUAUUUUCCAACGUGAGUUUUCAAACAUAUACUGGUACUCAGUUGAGGCUGAUAAUGGCAUCAUCAGAGGGCACGUUUUGAAUAGAAAUUGCAUUGGUGAAGUAGUGGAUGAAUUCUGCUUUGACUCAAGGGAGUUGUGGUCAAUUGUAUUUCCAUCUGAAUCAGAAAAGAUCAUUGCAACUGUCACAAGAAAAUUGAAUGAGGUGGUUCAUACUCAAGCAAAGGUUGUAGCCGACCAAGAUGUGACGUAUAAAUAUAUAUCAAAAAAUCUACUCUUUGUGGCAACUGCUACACCAAAAGCGAGUGGUGAAAUUGGAACAGCCACCCCGGAGGAGGCAUCAUUGGUUGUAUACCUCAUUGAUACUGUAACUGGUCGUAUAUUGCACCGGGUGGCUCAUUAUGGUUCACAGGGUCCUGUUCAUGCUGUUUUUAGUGAGAAUUGGGUUGUGUACCACUACUUCAAUCUUAGAGCACACCGAUAUGAGAUGUCAGUUAUUGAGAUCUACGAUCAGUCUCGGGCGGACAACAAGGAUGUCUGGAAGCUAGUUUUUGGAAAGCAUAAUCUUACUUCACCAAUUUCCUUGUUUUCUCGGCCAGAGGUCGUCGUAAAAUCACAGUCUUACUAUUUCACCCAUUCUGUGAAAACAAUAGCAGUGACAUCAACGGCCAAGGGUAUAACUUCAAAGCAACUUCUUAUUGGUACAAUUGGUGAUCAGGUUUUGGCUCUUGAUAAGCGUUAUUUAGAUCCUCGUCGAUCUGUCAACCCUACACAAGCUGAGAGAGAAGAAGGCAUUAUACCUCUUACAGAUUCUUUGCCAAUCAUUCCUCAGUCUUAUGUGACGCAUGCUCUUAAAGUGGAAAAUCUCCGAGGCAUUGUUACGGUACCUGCCAAGUUGGAGUCCACAACUCUUGCCUUUGCAUAUGGAGUGGAUCUCUUUCUCACUCGAAUGGCACCCUCAAGGACAUAUGAUUCACUCACAGAAGAUUUCAGCUAUGCUUUGCUGCUGAUCACAAUUGUUGCCCUCAUUGCAGCAAUCUUUGUGACCUGGGUUUUGUCGGAGAGGAAAGAACUACAAGAUAAGUGGAGGUGAUUUCAUUUCGUCAGUGUCCCAUUCCUAACAAAUACUUUGUCCUUAAGCCACUUUUAGUUUUUACAUUAGGUGAGGAGGUCAAGCCUUCCUUUAAUGGCAUUUUUGUUGUAAAAUUCCAUAAAGAUUUUUUUCGUUUUCAAUUUUUGGGGAUUUAGAUAAUUUGACUAAAUUUAGUGCCUUCAUGUUGUAAAUCUAGAAAUGCAGGAGGAUAAUUACAUUAUUCUGGAGGCAAGUUACAUUAUAAGUUAAUGACUUCUAUGGUUUUUUGUCAAUUGGAAAUUAGCACUGACCAGUUUCCUCUA